AUGGCCGGACCCACAACUCAGGCCACCGACCGACCCCCCAUGAACCACUCACGGCUCCCUCAAGAGCCCCCCACGCCAUGCGGCCCCAGCACGGCUCAGAGGAUCAGAGUCUUCUCUACACGGGCAGAAACGCUGCUGUCAGCUCAGACACCUGUGGCGUGUGUACUGUUUGUGGCAGCAGAUGACAUGCUGAGGUUCUGUCUUGAGCUGAAUUCUCGUGUGGAUUUCUUCAUGAUCCCUCCGGUUUACCUUUCCUGUUACUUAAAAAGGAAUUGGCUGGGUUUGAGGUUUCUGAGAGCACUUAUGUUGUUAGAACUUCUAUGGAUACUGCAGUGCCACAGGAUCGCAAAGAACGUAAGUUAAAGCCUUGCCAAGUGCACUUGGAAACCUGACAUUCUCCGGAAAAUACUAAUGUUGUAUAUGGAAAAAAAUGAAGUGGAAAUUGUUGAAAGCCAUAAAAAUUACAAAUCCUCCUAUGAAGUGGUGAGUGGGAAAAACUAAUUCCUUCUCUGUGAUGAUACCACUCCAGAGAGUGUCACUGCAUUCCUCCGAGACUUUUUGCUUCAGGACAAGGGAAAUGUUUGCACAGAAAUCCUUUUUCUGGGAGAGUCUAUUCCUAGUCUGGAGCUGGGAGCUGUGUUCAAAUGCUAUUCAGCCUACACAAUUUUCGUCUCUGGCUCUGCACUAAACUCUGAAGAUCUGAAGAGAGUUGGGAUGGAAUCUGCGAAGAGCCGUCUCGUUCCAGCAGAUGUUCACUCUCCACAACCCUACACUGAAGAUACUUCCGAUAUCAUAAGAUGUGUUGAAGGAUUGAGACAGACAGAGAGAAAAUAUCUGAAGGACAGAAUGCUUCUGGAAGGCAAAGACUACAAAGUGAUGACUUUUCAGCUCUCCAACGAUUUUGCAGACAUGACUUUUAUAGAGGUUUGUCGGUUGUGCUUUGUGAAACUGAAUCUUGUCCUCUUGGGAACUGAGCUCAAAUUUGGCAGUCAAGGGGAGAGGGCGCAGUUCUGUUGUGAAGCCUGGUACAGUCACAGACAGGAUCCAGAGUGGAUUAAAAAAUGUAGAUAUAAUAACAGACUCUACUCAAAACCUUCCUCAGAGAAACUGAAAUUGUAUGGAGAAUGGCAUGUUUCAGAUGGAGAGCCUGUAAAGUCAAGGUCCUUGAUGUCCUUCCACCUCGGAGUUUCAUUACUGGGCUCAUGUAGAGCCAACAGGGAUAAUUCUGCACCCACAGCACAGUCAAUUUGUGACCCAGAUUACCUGCUAAUGGCUGUGGUUGUGUAUAUAGAUGAUGGCUUUAUUGUGAUAGAGCUGUAUACAUUGAUUGAUUGGGGUUUUGAUGGCCAAGGAGAGGAGAAGAGCAGAGUCAUCCUUGAUUCCACAGGAAUGUGUCACUUGUGUGAUGCUGGUCCCCCUGAGGCUCUUCUGAGUUGGAAGAACCAAGCAGCACUGAACCUUCAGGGUGAUGUUUGGGCUACUGCUUUGGUGAUGACUGGGCUGCAGGAUUUCAUGAUGCCCUUAAGAGCUACUAACUUCAUUUACCGUGGCUUGAAAGACAUUGCUUUCCUUGGGUCUCUGGAUUAUCUGCAAAGAGAAUGGAAAUUUAUUCAGAACUUCCCAAAGCUGUGGUUAUUCUCAGGUAGUGCUCUCUCCUGCCCUGGUCUGGGAGGAGCUGAUGUUCAGGAUUGUGCUGCGUGUGCCGUUGUGUCUUCCAACAGCAGUGCUUUGAGCAGCCCUUCCGGGGGCACGGAGAGCAUCCCAGCCACUCUGACCGUCCGAUCCACCCGGGGUAAGUCCAGCUCAGCUUCUACAGAUGCUGUUUUCAGAGCGAGAGCACUGGGGAAUCAAUCACAGCCAUGUUAUAAAAGGAUCCCCAUCACUACAGAGCUGAAAACUACCUUCAAUGCCCAGUUCACUAAUCUGGCUCCCAGUGGCAACUCUGAGAUUCCAGAGCAAGAUCACGUUUCCACCACUGGUGGCCCCACAGGAGCUGACUUCUCAGAGAGCUUCUUGAAUUCUCUUUGGUCUCUGCAGGAGGACUCCUUUGGAGACAUUUACUGCAGAGCUUUAGACUUGUUUGGGCUACGCUGCUUUGGGCUCUAGUGCCUGAUGGAAGAGCCCAAUCUGUGCAAGAAUAGGUUUGUGGUUGCUCAGCCUGUCAGUGACGUGAAGAUACUGUCUGUGUCCUUCCCUUCACCAUUGCAAGAGCUGAUGCCCUGUGGUUUGAAAGACUGCAGCUUGAGUCCAGAUACCACAUGCCGAGAAGAAAGGAACCCAAACAGCUGA